CCGGCCCAGCUGGUGCGCACGGCCGGAGACGAGCCGCCAUCUCCCAGUCCCCCGGCAUCAGAGGACGUGAGCAUGGAGGGAUCUGACGAACAGCAGGUCCAGACCCGUUGUCCCCGCUUGGACGACGCUGAGCUUCAUCCGCCACCCGGGGCUGGCGGCAGGCUGUCACCCAGCCACUUCUUCCAGAUCCAUGAGAAGGCUAAAAUUGUCGUGAUUCCCACGUCGCACCUACGACCCAUUAAGACCCGACGAAGGGAAGAGGUGAUGGACCGGAGCUUGCAGUACAUUUUGCAAACGCAACGAGCGUUACCGAUCAGAAGAGAGCUGGCCGCGGAGGAGCGGCUCUCGAGAACCAUGUGUGGUCCGACGGCCCCUCCGCGGGCGCCGCGCGCCCUGAGCGCCGUCAGUUGCAGAUCAGGUCGGCUGUCAACUGACCCAGCCUUUGACCGCGUGCCCACGGACAUGCUCAGCGCAAGUUUCGACUCCAAGGAGACGCUGCGACGCGAGGCGGCCAAAGAGGAGACGAACCCGAGCCCGCGAGGCAGCGCCGCCAACGCCAGUGCAUUACCCCACCGCCGACGGCCAGCAUCCUAGCCAGGCACACGCCAUCGGAAAUCAAAUGCUACGUGCUGCAGCGCCGGUGCACCAACAGGCCAAAGGACCCGCUGAGAGCUGUGCGCAUGCGCGUACCGCACCAGUCGCACAGGGCGACUGGCGCCGGUCCGGCAGGCGUUGCGUGCCAACUCUCACCCCUUCGUGGCUUGAGCUCAGGAUCGUGUACUGUGUGUCGACUAGCCACUGUCGCCUUCUAUUGUUGUCUGCUAUCAGCGGAUAUAAUAUAAGAUUUU